AGGCGCGGUUGCCUGGGAGCUGCGGUUGCUGGCGGCCGAGGCUGAGGAAGAUGCCGGAAGGGGUGGACGGGCGGCGUCUGCUGGCGGCGGUCGUGCAGCUGCAGGCCCAUGUGAGGGGUUAUCUUCUCAGAAAGAGGCUUCAGAAUAUACGGAGCAACUAUGAGAGCAUUGUAAAGGAAAUUGAAGGGAAUCUGGAUUGGCUCCAGUGGACAAGCCAUUCCUUACCCAGACCCGUGUUUCUCUCAAAGCUACAUUCUGCUCAGAAAUCAAUGAAGGCAAAGAAAUUCAAUAGAGAAGAGCUUGAAGCUGAUGAGCCACAAAAACAGGACACACAACAUAGUCAAGAGGUGUUACCAUCUAAACAAACAUGUGAUUUUGAGAUGCAGUUUCCAAGCCGACUUCCAGCCGAGGUGACAGCAGAACCCGAGGUUGGUGAGGCAGGAGAGAGUCUAGAGCAACUUGCUCGCCCUGGGAAUGUCUGCAGCCGGUCAGGAGAAAGUGAGGAAUGCAGGGAACCCAGCAGUGUCUCGUCUGACUGGAGCAGCACGAUUCUGGGCAUGGAGUCUCCCAGGUCGAGCCAGGAGCCUCAUUUCCCCAAAGCACCAGAAAUGCCCAGAGUGAUGCCUGACCUCCAGAACUACCGAAAGCACCUGGCCAUGGAGCUGCUAUGGCUGCAGCAAGCAAUUGUCAGCCGUAAGAAUUAUUUGAUCCUGAAACAGAGAUUGGGGAACCCAGACUGACAGCUCACCUGUGAUCCUUUCAUACAAAAUGGAAGCACACCCUUUACCUGCUGCCUCCAGAAAGGAAGUGUGGAGAUGCAGGCAAGGUGUCAUUUUUCCUUGGAGAUGGCCACAACCUGAAGUCAUCUUUGAGACUUACGAGAGUAACUGUGAAAAUGGGAGACUGUGAAAGCUUUUCAAGUCCAAGGUUGGCAUAUUUUUGGAAUUGCAUUUGAAAAGAACAGGGUUCAUUGCAGAAGAUUCUUUUGUGCCCUUUUGGCAGAGCAGAGACUGAACAUCAGUUUUAACAGGCUUUGCAAAGCCAGCUAAUGAUCAGCAGGCUUUGGAAGCUGCUGUAUAUGUGUGACCUUUUUUUCCCUAUAAGUCACAUUUUGGGCUAGAAAGUUCUCAAUUUUUGGAGAUUAUUCCAGAGUCACUGGAAAUCCAAGAGUUAUCCACUGGGCUGCCUGUACUGUAGCUGGAAACUUUGUUUUCUUCACAUCUGGGUUUUGUGGCUACCUGGGUGCCGAUUGUUCUGUAAGUUUGUACUGCACACAUGUUUCUACUGUUUUGCUGGCUCAUCACUUGAACUUUGGAUGUCCUGUUUCUAUUGUUAAAUAAAACAUUUUCUCCUCCAUUCCCCUUUUCUGCCCAUGGGUGUAAAAUUAGGCAAUACCCCACAUUUUUCAACUAUGGUAAGCAGUAUGAACCUAUUUGUUUUGGUGGAUUUGUACCUGGCAUUUUGGGCAGGCAUCUUAUUUUAUAUGCCCAUCUCACCCCUUCAGGCUUCCUGGAGAGGGGCUGUUGUGAGUUCUCUCAUUAGUUCAGUUCAGUUCAGUUCAGUUCUCAUCAAAGAUUCAACAAGUGGCUGCCAGAGAGUUUGUUUUUUAAAAUAUAUUUUUAGUAGACACUUUAAAGAAAAUAUACAUCAGGGAAGGGAAAGGAACAAAAGAAAGGGGUAGAAAUAAGAUACAAACGGAUAAACAAGGGAUUUACAAAUGAUAAUAGUUUUCCAGUAUAACAUUAACUGAUCGUGAAUAACUAAUAUAUUUUUAAAGGCCUGAAAAUCACUAAUAAGUUCUAGGCAAAGCAUAGAUAUCAGGACACAAUAGAAAUCAUAG